AUGGAAGAAACUCAACUAUUAUUAGAUGAUAUUGUUCAACCUGAAGAAAUUCAACGUUAUCGAGCUGUAUAUCAAAAAGCUGCUGAAGCAAAUCAAGUAACAGAUCAAAAUAAAUUUUCAUUUGCUUAUUGUCUUGUACGAAGUAAAGCUAAAGGUGAUGUACGUUCUGGUUUACAAUUACUUCGUGAAUUAUAUGAUGGAACAAAAAGUGAUGAUGCUAAACGUGAUUAUUUAUAUUAUUUAGCACUUGGUAAUGCUCGAUUAAAUGAAUAUGAAACAGCAUUAAAAUUUCUUGAUGCUAUUCUUCUUAUACAACCGGGUAAUCAUCAAGCCAAAAAUCUCAAAGAUGAAAUAACACGACGUAUGACUCGUGAAGGAUAUGUUGGUAUGGGUAUUGCUGUAGGUGCAGGUGCAUUACUUGUUGGAGGUCUGACUGCUGCUGCUAUGGCUUUGUUGAAAAAAUAA